CAGCAGUUUGACUUCAGCACUCAGCAAUGACCAUUAACAGUCUCCAACAAGGGAAGAACUGCAAAGUCCAGAUGUCAUGUUUGGCCAAGAUGGAACGGCUGAUUGUUGCCAUGCAAGAUCCAGACAUGGGCAUCAAAAUGAGGAAUCAGAGGCUACUGAUCACAGUAAUACCUCAUGCAAUGACAGGGAACGACGUGGUUGAAUGGCUAAUUCAGAAGCUUUCUAUCAGUGAGGAAGAGGCUCAGCACCUGGGGAAUCUGCUGGUUAAGUACGGCUAUAUCUACCCCUUGAAGGAUCCGCGCAAUCUCAUCCUAAGAGCCGAUGACUCCCCCUACAGAUUCCAGACCCCGUACUUUUGGACUACAAAUAAAUGGCCGGCCACUGAGCUGGAUUACGCAAUUUAUCUUGCAAAGAAAAACAUCAGGAAACAAGGGGAUCUAGUUGAAUAUGAAAAGGAUAAUUACAAUCAGCUGCACAAACGGAUUAACCACACGUGGGACUUUGUGGUGAUGCAGGCAAGGGAACAGAUAAGGGCGGCCAAGCAACGAAGGAAAGGAGAUCGUAUUGUUAUUGAAUGUCAGGAGCAGGCUUACUGGCUUGUCAGCAAACCAUCGCCCGGUUUAUUGAAUGUGAUGGACGAAGGGCCGGAGAGAGAAGACGUUUGUGCAGGCACAAUGCUCAUUGGAAAGAACAUUGAUUUUUAUAAAAGAGAGAUGGAAUACUUGCAGAAAGCCAUGGGAAGAACCAGAGUGAAGUCUUCAAUCUGCCUGGAAGGCUUUCUGAAAUUCAGCGAACAAUACCUCCCCCACGAUCCCAUCAUGUCUGGCUGCCUCCCCAGCAACCCCUGGAUCACCGACGAUGGCAUGCACUGGACCAUAUACGCACCCAUGGUGGAAAUGCCGAGCAAGCUCAGAGUGGAUCGUUGGACCUUUAAUUUUAUGGAGCUUCUAAAUGAUCCUCGUGGACGGAAAGAGUUCCUACAGUUCUUGGAGAAGGAAUUCAGUGCUGAGAACCUCUGUUUUUGGGAGGCCUGUGAAGAGUUACGUUAUGGAGAACAAGCUAAGGUCGCGUCAACGCUGGAGUCCGUCUAUCAGCAGUUUUUGGCUCCCGGUGCUACGCGAUGGGUGAACAUUGACAGCAAGACAAUGGAAAAGACUUUAGAAGGGAUAAAGAAUCCCCACCGCUAUGUGCUGGAUGAUGCCCAGAUGCAUAUCUACAUGCUGAUGAAAAAGGAUUCCUAUCCGAGGUACCUAAAAUCUGAGAUGUAUAAGAACCUCCUUGGCCAAGCUUUUAUACCUCCGGAAACCAAGAAAGGGGUGUUCCCGUUCAUGAGACGGCAGCGACACUCCAGCCCUAGUCCAGCAUUCCAACUGCCCCAGGGAGAGCAAGAGGCAAGAACGGAACCACUCACCCCUGCACCAGUUUCCCAGCUUGGUCACUUAAGUAAUCCUCUGGCUGCGCUGCCUGAAGCAACCCUACCUACCUGCCCUGAAGAACUCCAGCCUUACUCCUCCCUUUGCCUGGAAGCCCCACCCAUCUUCACCUUCCCGACUCCUACCGCAAAGUCUGAGAGCCAUGAAAAUCCUCUGGGAAGCGAGUCCUGCCCCCGGGAUCCAUUGUGUACAGCCCAAGAGCCCCACCACAGACUCCAGGAGCAGCAGCAGGAAGGGGAGAGAACCCCAACAUCCACAGCACUUUGAUCACCCCCAAAUUCUAUUCCAACACCCAAUGGUGCCUUUAUUUAGUGACAUGCAUGUGGCACACACACUGGAGCAAUGGGUCUAUGCCCUGUGUCUAUUGCUCAUUCCCUGCUCUGUAUAACUGCACUUAUAGUUCCACUAGAACAUUCUAUAGAUGAAACCAACACCGUUUAUUCCUGAGACCCCAAACUGCCAUUACUGGGAGUUGUAGUUCACCGGAGGCAGCGGUGAUUGGAGGAUAUUAAUGCACGAGAUGCUGACUUGGUUAUUCAGGUUGGUAUAGGAGACCCUGGAUCAUUCUGGAAUAUUCUCAGUUUCUUGUAUUUACCCACGGCAGGAAAAGGCUGCUGGGAAAUUUCUUAUAGUGUUGGGGAACAACAUUCCUGCAGCAAUUAAAUGACCCUGGAUUAAAAGGCCAAGGGCCUCGACAGGCAAUUUAAACUAUUUUUUUUGUAGAAUUUUACAUUUUUCGUUUUUCUUUUUAGAAAUUUCCGUUUCCCUCAAACGCACGGACAUCUGAAAACCAUUUCCAAAUAGGAAUGAUUAUUUUGUAGCGGCAAAAAUGUGACUUUCCUGGGAAAAUCUAGCAAUUAAAGGGUUUGUUCAUCUUUAAAUAAACUUUAAGAAUCGUUAUGAGAGUAAAAUCCAGUAACGUAACUGGAGGGGGGCGGGCCCUGGUGCGGGACGUGCUGCCGGGCCCCGCCCCCCUCCGUACCAGAUUUUUUUUUACCCGAAAUCGGCCGAUGCGGCCAGAAAUCAGCAGUGCGAAAGCUGCCGGGGGGUCCUGAGGGGGUGCGGGCCCUGGCGCAAUUGCACCCUUUGCUCCCCUGGUAGUUCCGCCACUGGUAAAAUC